AUGAGACAGGAGGUAACAUGCUUAAAGGAAACGGUCCAACAGCUACUGACAUCCCACUCUACCUUGAUAACUAGAGUAGAUCUGGCUGAAGAGCGUAACAGAUGCACCAAACUUAAGCUAAGGGGCAUCCCUGACUCCAUCAACAUUACCGAACUGCCCCAUUACCUCUGCCGCCUCACUAACAUGCUUCUCCCGCACAGUCAGGCGAAGAAAAUUUUAUUUGACGGAUUUUUUCGAAUCAAGAAGCCCAGGCAGGCACCAACCACGGCCUCUCAAGAUGUCAUUAUCCGUUGCCAAUCUCUGACGGACAAAAAUCGUAUUAUAGCUGCAGGUCGAGGAAAAACUCCAAUGACCUUUGAAUCAUCCCAGAUCUCCUAUCAAAAUCUGACAUGUAACACCUUACUGUGGCGUCGGUCAAUGGGCCCAGUGACACACCAGCUACAUCAAGCCGGCAUUGAUUACAGAUGGACAAUUCCCAGAGCCCUAACAGUAAACAAAGAGGGCACCAUACUGAGACUGUCCUCAUUGGACAAAGCGGAGCGCUUCCUCCAAGCACUGGGGAUUCCCCCUAAAUCCAGGCAACCAGCAACCUCCUUGGCCUCACCUUCCUGGGACCCUUCGUCCUCAGGGGUGGAGAAGAGAAAGGGACACUAA